CUACACAUCACUAGCAUCAGCUGUUUCUCCUGCUAGCUGUGUUAUUAUUAUUAGCAUCAGCUGUUUUACUUCACUGGAUUAGCAGGCAGUGCAUUUACUUUACAGAAAUUAUGGGAAGAAAGAAGAAGAAGCAGAUGAAGCCUUGGUGCUGGUACUGUAACAGAGACUUUGAUGAUGAAAAGAUUCUCAUUCAGCAUCAGAAGGCCAAACAUUUCAAGUGCCACAUCUGUCAUAAGAAGCUGUACACUGGUCCUGGGCUUGCAAUCCACUGCAUGCAGGUACAUAAAGAGACAAUUGAUGGAGUUCCUAAUGCAAUACCUGGAAGAACAGAUAUUGAGCUUGAAAUAUAUGGCAUGGAGGGUAUUCCUGAAAAAGACAUGGAGGAGAGAAGAAGAGUGCUAGAACAAAAGAACCAAGAUACGCAAAAGAAAAAGCAGAACCAGGAUGACUCCGAUGAGUUCGAUGAGGAUGACGAGCCCGGUCCCUCCUUCCAGCAGCCUGCUGCAGGCCAGCCACAGGCAGCCUACAUACCCCCUAUGACCCAGCCCGGCAUGCCUCCUGGCUCUGGUGCUCCAGGGAUACCACCGGGCAGCUACUCAGGAAUUCCCCCAAUGAUGCCAGGUGUGCCACCAAUGAUGCCAGGAAUGCCCCCCGUAAUGCCAGGAAUGCCUCCAGGGAUGAUACCGAUGGGUGGGAUGAUGCCUCCAGGUCCAGGGAUGCCACCGAUGAUGCCAGGUGUACCACCAGGCAUGCCUCCUCCUAUGGGUCACCGUCCAGGCAUCCCACACAUGGCUCAGGUUCCCUCUGCUGUAAACGUGCUGACUAGACCUGCUGUUCCUGCUGCCACUGCCCCGUCAGCCCAGCCUGAUGUCACAAAGCCUCUCUUCCCCAUCGCUGGACAGAUGGGCAGUCGCGUUGCAAGUACAAGUACAAGUACAAGUUCAGGCUCAUCAAGUGCAGACUCUCAGUCCACCUCCCCUAAAGCUCUGUUACCUAUCACGUCACAAAGUCAGCAGUCAGGGUCCCCCCACCCUCCCCCCUCCACGUCCUCUGACCCCUCAAAGCCCACAUUCCCAGCCUACACUCAGGCCACCGGCGCUGUGGCCAGCCCCAACGCUGGCAGCAGUACGGUCUCCAAACCUCCCUCCACUGUAACCAGUAAGCCUGCCACCCUCACCACCUCCAGUGCAACCAGUAAGUUGAUCCACCCUGAUGAGGAUAUCUCACUGGAAGAGUUGCGGGCUCAGUUGCCGAGGUACCAGCGCGGUAUUCCCUGCCAAGGCCCAACCGCUGCUGCUGCCCCGUCAGUGGGUCCCGUGGGUGGCAUGAUGGCUCCUCAGCAGCCCGGCAUGAGGCAUCCCAUACCUGGCCAGUAUGGUGGUCCUCCUCAGGGGAUGCCAGGCUACAUGCCAGGAGGGAUGCCUCCGUACGGACAGGCCCCUCCUGUGGUUCCCCUGGGGUACCAGGGAGCCCCUCCACGGCCACCUAUGGGUAUGAGACCCCCCGUCAUGUCUCCUGGAGCCCGCUACUGAAGCCUGCCAUCCUCUCUUCUAUAGGUUUGGACACUCAACCCUUUUCUAAUGUCCUCAGCUGCUAGUAGACAAACCAGUAUUGGUAUUAUAGUACCACGAGUCGACGUACUGUUUAUUCUACUCUACUCAGCUAUCAGGAAGAGACACUGAAUAAACAGCAAAACAAACGAGCUAUAAAAGCAUCACAGAGCGCAUGGGAAAUAUUUACACUGUACCUAACCAAGACUAUGAACUGUUGUUUCAAACCAUCUCUGUUUCUGUGGCUUUUUUUCCUUCUCAUGUUUCAUUCAGGUGUGUAGAAGUGUAGUAGAAUAUGGUUCGUAGUGUUGUGAAGGCGCUGGAGUUACAUGGGCAGUACCCAACCCUUUAUCAAGGCAAGUUUUCUGUAAAUACAUUUUCUGUUCUAAAAGCUAAACAGUGAGGCCUUCACAGCACGCUGUGCUGUUGGACUUUGUGUCCCCAACUUUGUUUGGUGAGGGCUUCAAAUAACUGUUUUACACAUUCGUUCUGUUUUAUGUUCAUAGUUUUAAUGAGAACCUUAAAAGUGCUAAAUAAAGUGGUAUAUGUAUUGAUGUAAAACUGUAUUGUAAUAAAAUGUGGCAAACAUUUAAGACUCUUCUUUGCGGCAUGUUAGUGGGAAAAGAGACGGCAGGUUUGUACUCCACUUAUAAAACAUGUUGUGAAUUUGUUGUCUUAAAGAUAUCAACAGAAAUGUGUGCUUUUUUUGUUGAGCUGAAAUCAUGUUUUCUUCUGGCUAUGAGCAGUAUAUUGAUUUUAUUAUUAGUGAUGCGCUGUACACGGCGAGUUGCCUUGUACAGCUGCAUAACGGGUCGCUGCUGGCUGUAGUGCUAAAACCCAGAUUUCUCUUCUCCCUGUAGCGAUGCCAUGGGGUGACUGGCUGAGGCCCUGUCUCAGUGUAGCCCUGUUUCAGCCGGAGGCAAGUCUCAACCAUUUUCUGUCUUCUCAUUCAUUACCGGGGGCCCUCACAGCUUCCACGCUGUUGGAUCUCAAUGUCCCCAAACUUGCAGCAAGUUUGGUGAAGGCCCUUGUUUGUGUUGUUGCGUUUAGGGACCAUUUAUCUUCAGGCAUGUCAUGAUUAUGUUGUUAAGCUCUUCUGUGUCAUUGAACCUGUGAGAGCUUCAGGAAGCCCGGUUUUCAUUUAAUAACUUUAUACUGAAAGUAUGGAGCUUUUAAAUGAAACCGUAUAGAAGCUUUUGAUAUCAACUAGUCCUGCAGUUUACUAUCUGACGUAUUUAUGGCUUGUUCAGAAGUCAAAUCAUUUCUUACAGACACCAUUAACAGCCUGAAAAUGUUUGUUUUGGGAGGUUUGUGAUGAACUAAUGACUUUUCAUGUGCUUGUAAAAAUGGCUUCACCACUUAAUCCUGUUUGUUUCAUCAGCUGUCCUCACUUGAUCAUUUGAAUUUAACUACUUACAUGAAGGAGAAUCCCAACCAGUAACAGGUUAGUUAAAGCUGUAAGUACCACUGCUGUAAUUUUAAUUUCCGUCGACCUGUGUUUUGUGUGCACACAUAAUGAGAUCUUAAUGUCUGUCACCUUUUUAAAAAAAAACAGAGCGAGCCCACAAGCAUUUUUACGUUUAAAAGGAACUGUUUGUAACUUCUUACACAUAUAAAUCAAUCUGGGUCGGUGUCCCAUGCGCGCUCGCGUGUGGUUACGUUGUUCAGACUCCAACACAAA